CCGAUUUCUUGAGAUUCUUCCAUUCAACGAGUCGACCAGUCCACGCCAAAUCAGUCGCCAUGGUAUGUUCGAAUAACUCCUACAACACAUUAUCGAAUCUGCUUUAUUUUUUUCGGAAACUAAUUAUCUACGCCAAUGCAGUCGGAAGCCAAGGACAAGAGCACCAACCCCAUGCGCGAGCUGCGCGUCCAGAAGCUCGUGCUCAACAUCAGUGUCGGCGAGUCUGGUGACAGACUUACCCGUGCUGCUAAGGUGCUCGAGCAGCUGAGCGGUCAGACUCCGGUCUACAGCAAGGCCCGCUACACCGUCCGUACCUUCGGUAUCCGCCGUAACGAAAAGAUCGCCGUCCACGUCACCGUCCGUGGCCCCAAGGCCGAGGAGAUCCUCGAGCGUGGUCUCAAGGUCAAGGAAUACGAGUUGAGGAAGCGCAACUUCUCCGAGACCGGUAACUUCGGCUUCGGUAUCAGCGAGCACAUCGAUCUUGGUAUCAAGUACGACCCCAACAUUGGUAUCUACGGCAUGGACUUCUACUGCUGCAUGACCCGCCCCGGUGAGCGUGUUGCCAAGCGCCGCCGCUGCAAGGCCGCCAUCGGCGCCAGCCACCGCAUCAACCAGAACGAGACCAUGAGGUGGUUCAAGCAGCGCUUCGACGGCAUUAUCCGGUAAAUUAUUCCAUUCAGGGGGACUCUUCAAGCGGUGAACUGCGGUGGUCUGUGUUUAUGAAUCGAUCAAGG